AUGAAUCAACCGAAUAGAAUAGAUUCCUGGUUAUUACAAGAUGACGAGAAACCAUUAACCAUCACUGAAGAUGCUAAAAUACCCAAUGCCGCUACUAUACUAUUGAGAAAGCAGGACCAUACUUUGGGUAAUAUGAUCCGAGCACAACUCCUCUUGGAUCCAACAGUGCUUUUCGCAGGAUACAAAGUCCCUCAUCCAUUAGAAAAUGAUAUAAUAAUAAAAAUACAAACGGAUGAAAGAUCGAAUCCUGCAGAUGCACUGAAAAGAGCAUGUCAUUUAUUGAUUCGUCAAACUGUACAUGUGAAACAACAAUUCAUGGAUCAAGCUAAAAACAUCGAAAUGGGUAUGGGUCCAGAUCAAUCCCUUGCAAACGUAGGCGUCGGAGGUUAUGAUCCUUAUGGUGAUGGUUUAGGUAGAGAAGGUAAUACAGUUGUAGGAGGUCAAGUUAGAGAUACUCUCAACGGAGGUGAUGUAUACGAUUUCUAA